CAUCAGACCUGCAUCCUUCCCCUGGGCGUGGCACAGCGGUGAAGCAGAUGGCAGAAAGUCUGUUCUGACGACCCUCUCAACCCCCAUUCUCAGUAUUCCUUACAUAUCGGGUUAUUAGGUACACUACAUACAGCACCAUGGUGGCAUACAAUAACACCUGGAAGAACAAACUCUGGCUGGGGUGGUUUGUUCUGCAACUGCCCAUCACCCUCUUCAUCGACCUGCUCGAGCUCGUCUGGCCGGCAUGGAUGUACGAGCCGGCGGGUGCGCCGCUGCACUCUUUCACACCGUCAAAACGGGGUUCAUUGAGACGUACAACGACCCAAUCGUGCAGUGGACGCCCGAGAGCGCCUCAGGCCACGACAGCUGGAUGGGGCUCUUCCUCUGGCUUGAGCUUCUCUAUCUCUUGCCCAUGGCACUGUACGGGGUCUACCGCCUGGGAGUGCAGCGCCGCGGGACCUCGGGCGCUGAUGAGCUGCUGUUCCUCGUGUAUUUCGCCGAGCUGGCCUUUACGACGCUGGUGUGCCUCUUUGACAGCUUCUACUGGGAUAACAGCGUGUAUACGUCCGAGUUGAAGUGGUCGAUCCGCCAGCUUUAUGCGCCGUGGAUCAUCGUUCCAUCAAUCGGAGUCAUUGAUAUGGCUACUCGGAUCCUGGGCCGCAUCAGGGUGGCCGAUGCUCUCCUGGAAGCCAGGAAGUCGCAGUAGCUGCAAAUUCAAGUUGCCGCAACAGUCUCAAUCUGUUAGUCUCGGCAUCAAACUGUAGUGGCCUCACUUGCUUCCUUGUUGAGUUGCCGCCAUGGGAUGGUCGACUCGAAUUCGCUUGUACCAUAAUGCGCCUACCUAGGCUAAUCAAUUGCCCUCUUCUGGUAUCCCCAA